CCCCCUCCGCCGUGUGAGAAGAAAAUACUCGAAGUGUCGUGGACGUCUCUUCAGACCUCUGCUCUUCAGAUUCAGACCUGCUGGAAAUCCCGACCGCACUUGAACCAAAACAUGUGCUGUUUCACGAGUUUGAACAGGAAAUCAGCGAGAAAUAAUCUAGUGGAAAAGAACAUUUCGACGUGUCGCGACGAGCUGACCAAGUGUUCGUCUUGAUCGUUGGCCGAACUCGCCCUAGCAGCUGCAGCCGUUCGUCGCACCACCAUGCCCAAGGGCGGACGGAAGAAGGCCAACGGCCACCAACGCACUUCAGGAAGAAGUCGCGUAGAAAAUUAUUCCGACGAGGAGUCGGUGCUUAACGACAAUGCCAGCGUAGUGAGCAUAGCCUCGUCCUCGAUUCCCGAUGAAGGGGUAGAAGGUGAAAUCGACGAGCAGUCUCAGGAAGAAGUGUUUGAGGAAAAGCUUCUGGAGUGUGUGGAAAGGUUGAGCGAAAAGUCAGCGCAGGUGCGCACACAGGCCCUGCAGGCCAUGGCCGCCGCUCUCUCCAAGAAGUACCUCCCCGAUUUCAUUUUUGACAGAUAUGUUACAUUAAUUGAAGCAAUACGGUCCAGUCUAAGGAGAGGCCGUGGGCCGGAACAGGCGGCCGCAGCGCUGCUGGCCCCUCUUUUGUGUGUCAGCCUUGGACCUUGUGAGCAGUCAGAAGAAGUGGCCGCAACCCUUUCCACCGUUCUUCACCAAGUGGCCGGCGACAACUCUGCUAGCCCUCAAGCCAGAGCAAAGUGCUGUUGGGCGCUUGCGGUGUUGUCGUUUUUGACGGAAAUGGAGCCAGCAGCAGCAUAUGCCAGUGAGCGCCUUCUGAUCGACAUAUUCAGUGGCUCGUACCUCAAGGGCGACGGCCACACGCCCAACAUAGCUCCGGAGGUGGCCGCUCUUCAUGCUGCCGCCCUUUCCGGCUGGACCCUGCUGGCCACAGUUGACGGUUGCCAAGGACUGGAAAUGGUUGGACAGGACCAUCUUGCCGACAUGCUAGGCUCCGGACACUUGGAUGUCCGAGUUGCUGCAGGCGAAGCUCUUGCUGUCCUCCAUGAAAUCAAGCCAUUGGAAUCACCAGAGCAGGUGUGUGAACUUUUGGCUGCUUUGGCGACUGACUCGAGUCAUUUCCGCGCAAAGAAGGAGCGCAAGGCCCAACGCAGCUCCUUCCGAGAGAUACUGGCAUUCAUUGAAGAAGGACGGGCGCCCGAGUUGAAGAUUCGUUUUGGCACAGAAGCGCUCGAGUUGGACACGUGGGCAUCCAGGAAGCACUACGAGGCCUUCUGCCAAGUUCUCGGCUCUGGCCUGAACCUCCACCUUGCUCAAAACGAACUACUGAGACAAGUUUUUGCACUGGGUGCUCCUCUGACUGCAGCUGAUCCCACACAGAAGGCUACUAAACUUGAAAGGCACUUGGUGAAUGCUGCCGCCUUCAAAGCAAGGACCAUUUCAAGGGCUAAACACCGCGACAAGAGGUCCGUUGCCAUUGCUUGUUGAAGUUACUCUGUCUGCUGUUCUCACAAUGCAAAUGUACAUUUUAACCAUUGAACUAAAAAUCUGUUUAAGACAA